GGCAAUUGUGUAUAAUAGCGCAAAACGAGUCAGUCACAACAAGUUUUCCUUGAUAACUCGUUGUCUUGAGGCACACUCUGCGCAAUGGCAGCAGCAAACCCUCCGAGCGAGGCCAACACAAUGUUCUUCUUGGCUUUGUUCAAAAAGCUCAGUGAGGAGAACACGGCGGGAAACAUCUUCUUCUCCCCCUUCAGCAUCUCCUCAGCCUUGGCCAUGGUGAUGCUGGGGGCCAAGGCGAACACAGCCACGCAAAUGUCGGAGGUCCUCUGCUUCACCAAGACAAAGCAACCGACGGAGGAAAAUCAAACACAGAUGAUGAUGCAGUCUCCAAUGCAAAUGCAAAUUAGGACGCGAGAGCAGAUGCGGAUACAGCUGCAACACUCCAGCAAGCUGCCAUUAUAUCUAAAAAAGGUUCUGCAACGCGACGAUGGUGAGGAUGACGUCCACGCUCACUUUCAGCAACUUUUGACUAAAUUCAACAAGACAAGCACUGGGUACACUAUCAGUCUUGCCAACAGGCUGUAUGGGGAGCAAACGUACACGUUUGAUAAGGGCUUCCUUGAGGAAACCAGAAAGUACUACCAAGCCGAACUGGAGUCUGUGGAUUUCAAGAAUAAUGCAGAAGCGGCCAGGGUCAACAUUAACAACUGGGUGGAAGAGAAAACACAAGGUAAAAUCAAAGACCUGCUCAAGAAGCUGAAAAAUGACACCAGGAUGGUGCUGGUCAACGCCAUCUAUUUCAAGGGCAAAUGGAACCAACAGUUCAAGGAGGAUUUGACUGUUGAAGCGCCGUUUCGAGUCAAUAAGAAUGAUACUAAGCAAGUCAUGAUGAUGCACCAGGACAGUAAAUUCAACUUCAACACCAUCCCAGAGUUAAACUGCCAGGUCCUAGAAAUGCCUUACGAAGGGAAGGAUUUAAGCAUGCUCAUCUUCCUGCCCAAUGAAAUAGAGGAUGACACAACAGGCUUGGAGAAGUUGGAGCGGGAACUCACCUAUGACACAAUUAUGAAGUCGACACAACCAGACAAGAUGGAGAUUGAUGUUGAGGUCCAGGUGGGCCUGCCUCGAUUCAAGAUGGAGGUCACUUACAACUUGGAGGAAAUCCUUAUCAGCAUGGGCAUGGUGGAUGCUUUCGACGGCGAUAGGAGUGACUUCUCUGGCAUGUCUCCAGCCGAUGACCUGGCAUUAUCAAAAGUCAUCCAUAAGGCUUUUGUAGAAGUAAAUGAAGAGGGAACCGAAGCUGCUGCAGCCACUGCUGUCAUUGUUGUGGAAAUCACCUCAGUACGUGAACCUAAAGUCCCCAAAGUCUUCGUUGCUGACCACCCGUUCUUCUUCUUUAUCCGACAUAACCCUUCCAAGACAAUAUUGUUUGCUGGUCAAUACACCACACCCGAGUGAGUUUGUACUGUGUAUUUCUAUAAUGAAUUCAUUUAACAGUACUUUAGCUCUUUUAUUUCAUCAUUUAAUUCACCUCGCAGGAUGAAUAAAGUAUCUCUUGAUCCAUCUGUUUGGGGAAGAAGCAACUAGGUUCCCUCCAAACUGUAACCACGAAUCCUAAUCGUGUCGUUUGUUCAUCAGUCACAUAAUAGGAAGUGUCUCUGGGAUUUUUUUUUUUUCUGGCGGUGGUAGUGAGAGAAGUUGAAUAAAUUUUCAUGUGCA